UUCCGGCGCGCGCCCAGGGCGGCGGCGCGCGGCAGGGUAUCAUUGGGGUUUGCAUUGGCCCUAGUGGACGCGGCUGUGGACAUCAUGCAGCUGACCGUGAAGGCGCUCCAGGGCCGGGAGUGCAGCCUACAGGUGCCGGAGGACGAGCUAGUGUCUACACUGAAGCACCUUGUCUCGGAUAAGCUGAAUGUCCCUGUGCGCCAGCAACGUCUGCUGUUCAAGGGCAAGGCCCUAGCAGAUGAGAAACGACUGUCAGAUUACAACAUUGGGCCCAAUUCUAAGCUCAACCUAGUCGUUAAACCUUUGGAGAAGGUGCUACUGGAAGAAGGGUCUACCCACAGACUGGUCGACUCACCUCCCCCACCCCUUUGGCAGCUGAUCUCCAAAGUCCUGGCCCGUCACUUCAGUGUAGCAGAUGCCAGCAGGGUCCUGGAACAACUACAGAAGGAUUAUGACAGGUCCCUGAGCCGCUUAACACUGGAUGACAUCGAACGUUUGGCCAGCCGCUUUCUACACCCUGAAGUAACUGAAGCUAUGGAAAAGGGGUUCUCCAAAUAGCAUUCUGGGAUUGGGGGGUGGGAAGAAAUCCCAGGUCAGGCCGCAGCUGCAUGUUGCAUUAAAUGUGUUCUCAUGUCGCAGUUUGGCUCAUAGUGAUAAUAAUAGCUGGUAUGUACCCAGCUCUUGCUAGGUGCUAAGCACUACUGAAAGUACUUGGCCUGAGUUCUCUUCUGCCUCCCACAGGACAGUUGAGACUGCACUGUAGAGACACCUAGCAAUGGCUUGGGACAGCCAGAGUCCAAGUCUAGCCAGCCGUAGAAGUGCCUCUGUAGGAGAAAGAGUGUGCUGUUUUGAGGGAUGGGCCUUACCAUUCCCAUUUAGCCCACUCAGCAUACACCCUCAAAUGACUCCCUCAGGAAGUCGCUAGUCCCUGUCACCUGCCCUCUAGUGUGUCUGGCAUAGCCCUUGGCAAAUCUCCAUAGGAAGCCAAGUGGUAGCCAUCCAGGGCCCCUCUGCUGCUGCAGCCAGUGUGCUCUUGAUAAAUGACAAGGUUAGGGGCUAGAGGAUCAGAAAGAUACCCCAGCUCCGUUGUAUGACUUGAGUCAAGUUUCUGUGCCACUUUGGUCCCCAUCCAUUGAGUCUGUUCAAUAAUGGCCACUCCUCUGGCCUGAAUAAGUUUCCUUCCCCCUUUUCCAGCUCAAGGUGGGAGUUUCUGCUAUCAUCACCUACAGUUCCACCUUGUGUUCAGUAAGCAAAACUGAAGCCAAAAGUGAAGUGGUAGCCAAGCAAGUAUCCUGGGCCUUUAUGACAUAGCUCUAAUCGGGGGCACCCUAUCUGCUUGGCUCCUCUGGAAGUGGGUCUCAUCUAUGAGGGACAGCAGGUGACUCAACAAAGCAGUGUCACAACUAGGACUCUGCCUUGGUCUCACCCAGCACUCACCCACGGAUGCUUCCUUUGCCACCUGUGUACAGGGGCUUUUACUUUGCACACCUUCAUUGCUUAAGAAGAAACUCAGGGUGCUAAGGAGGAAAUAGAAAUGUAAGAUGAAGACAGUGAUUCUUCUUUUCACUAUACCUAUGCCUGGGUGCUAAAGGUCAUGUAAGUACUAGCUCCUUUGAAGAGGACCCCCUGGGAGCAGUUGAGGCUGGAAGAUAGCCACCUGCAGGACACUACUCCUGCCCCUCCACUCUUGCCAAGGAAGCCACUCUGAAUGUUGUCAGGGCUACACUUGCCUUUCUUGUCCAAGGACCAUCUUCAUGGACCUUAGGCCUUGUGGGACAAAUCUUGAAUCCCCAUAAUGGAAUGAUAAACUGAAGUGAGGCCUGAGGGGAUGAGCAGAUGAUAGACCCUGGUCCUCUCUGAGACCUGGGGUACCAUAUCAGGGACCUGCUUGUGAGCACAUAUAUGGACUGGCAGCUCAGAUAAUAAGCUUACCAAUGUCCUUGUUCACUUUGAGUCAGGGAAUGUAUUUGGAAAAUUAUAUAACACUAAAGGUGCAUGUGAGACUUUUCAUCAAAAUGAACUCUGUUAAUAAGCUAGGCUGCUUUGGGUUUCCAAUAAUUGGUUUAACAACACAGGAAACCUACUGGAUUACAAAACUGAAAAAUCCCAGGAGUACUGGCAGUGGAUGAACAAUUUCACCAAACAUGCAGCUUUUUUCCUGCUUCCCUCUGAAUUCUCCAGGAUCUGCUUCAUCCUUACUACUAAUUCCAAGGAUCAAAGGGUGGCUGCCUGCAGCUUCAUCAAAACCCUUCAUUUGCUGCCAGCAAGGAGCACUUUCUCUCUGUACCAUAGCUUCUAUCUCAGAUGCCCCAGCAAAUAAAUGCUGUCUCUUAUUGGUCAGAACUGAAUCCUGUGUAAUCACUUGGGCUGGACAUAUGGGAAAAAGGAGUUGUUGAUUAUCUGUUAAAGCAGUCUUGGUCUGCUUUCCUGGGCACAUGUGAGCUGUACCAGGGAGGAAAAGUAAAUGGAUGUCCUGGUGGAUGCAGAUGGCCACUGCCCACUACAGGAAACAUUUGAACCAGAAAGAG